AGUUAUCUAACCUCAAAUUUGAAAGAGUCGUGCAUCGCAUCGUCAGUUUUAAAAACGUUUUCAAGUUUUUAAAGUGUAAAUUAAUCAAUUUAAUUGAAAAAGUGAUGUGAUAUACUUGGCUAUACUCCCUGUAAAAAAUAUUAUAAAAGUUGAGAAUAUGGAUGACCACAUGGGUUACCACCUUCAUCCGCCGUACGCCAAUGUGGAAAUUGAUGACGAGUCGACUUAUGUGGAGGAUGCGGAUGAGGGUUACGACCCGGAUCAUGCAGCCGACAAGCUUAUAAUUUCAUUGGUGCGGGAGUACCCUCACGUUUAUAAUAAGGAGUUUCCGGGUUUUAAGGAUGCCCGGAAAAAAGAAAAUAGUUGGCGGGAAAUCGCCAGCAUCGCUGGCAUGGACGUGGAAUCGUGCCAAAAGAGAUGGACGCGUUUGCGGGAAAGGUACUCUCGAGAAAAAAAUUGGCGAGAGAAGGACGCCACUGAAAGCGGGGCAUCCCGACGGAAGCCCUUCAUUUUCUAUGAAAGUAUGAAUUUUUUGCAGCAAUUCGUCCUCAGAAGAAGAAGAAUGAGGAUAAUUAAAGGCAAGAGGAAAAAUUUCAAUUCUGCCCUGAGACCUUCCUCGCAGGGUCUUGAAUAUUCGAAGGAUCCCAAGUGGGUCGAAUGGAAUGCUCCGUUGACUCAGCGCCUCCUGCUUCCGCGUACAGAAUCACCAUCUGAUCCCUUGGACAUUUCACGUACAGAGGCAACAAUCGGAACGCGCGAUGCAUCCUUCGGAUCGUGCGAUGUGUCCUUUGGAUCGCGCGAUGAAACGCGUCGAAUGCCUGCACCAGUGCCAGCACGUGCCCUGCAGGAACCUCAACAAAUUCCGAAUGGGAAUACGGACAGUGAGUCCCGCAAUGAGCGACCAUGCUCAUCUGCAUCAUUCACAUCUACGACCACACAGUCAUCAGCUGAUGAACAUAGGUUAAUGGAUCCAUUGAAUGAAUCUAUUAUAAAGCUGACAUCAGUCAUUAAGGAUAGGUUUUCUUCCCAGGCUUGGACGCCAUCUCCUGGGAUGUCGCCAGACAUUGCUUUCUGCCAAUUCGUUUUAUCAACAAUGGGAGACAUGACGGAAGAUAGGAAAAGUAACUUUAAACGAGAUAUUCUUAAACUAAUAAUUCAGUAGGAAAUAUAUAAUCUUAAAAUAUUAUAUUAUAUUGACAUCAUUUUUUUUACAAAUAUUGACAAAAUCCAUUUUAAAUCAGGCAGUUUCUGCACUUGAAGUAGCAGAAUCUCUCGGGGAUGAAAUAUAUGCACUAAUUAUCUAAAAAAGAUAUUAUUCUAGUAUUUAUAAAGUAACAUGGGUCAAUUAAAUUUUAAGGUUGGGUCCUGGUUUGAAAGCCCUUAAAUGAAAAAUUAUAGAUCUUUAAAGAAGUUUUUUUUGUUGAUGAAGCACAACAUUAAAAUUGAUACGUUCCCGUUAUAUGCAAGAACGUUUUCCUUCGUAUAAUUUGUUGGUGGCCCGAAAAAUGGCCGCAGGUUUUCUUGUAGUUCUGAGUGUUUAUAGACUCUUUCCGCCGAUGUGCUUUUGUUCCGAAAGCGGUUCGACGUAUGUGUAACCUUGACUCUCCUUUAGCCAAGCGUCUAGCUCUUACAUCCACAGGGAAACGUUCUGGCGGUUGCAGGUAGAUUCGACGUCCCUUGACUUGCAAGAAUAACUUUCUAAGGUUAUUUUUGUCCAUUAUUCCCGAAACUUUAUCAUGAUCCUUGGCUUUGGAAGAACUUCCUGAGAAUGAAGUUCCUCUCCUUUGGAUCCCUGACGACAGUCCGUGCUGCGAAAUGGCUCGGGUAACAAAAUCGAAUUUUUCUACUGGCCGGUUCGUAGAAAUAGUUGUCUGGGCAACCUCGGUCUGUAUCAAAUUUCUGUGGUUUAUCGGCGAAUCCGACGACCAUACGGCGGAAGUGUUCGGUUCUCUCUCGUUAGGCAGGGAUGAGACAAGAAGUUCAUGUGUUAAUAGUUUCGCUCUGAAAAGAGCAGUGGAUUGUAGAUAUUUGGUAUUCGCAGCUCGGGGUUUAGCCCGCAAAUUUUCUUGCUCUUGUUGGGUGCGCGGUACCUGCAUUUAAUAUUAUUAACUAUCAAUCUUAUCAAGAUUAUUAAUUCUGAUAUUAUUUUUCAAUGUUAUAUUCACGUUGGAAAAUUGAUGUUAACAUCGAUCGCGCGAACCAAUCCGGAAAUUUUUAUGGCUGGAGCCUUUAAUUUCUUUAGUUAUUAUAAUACAGUCAGAACAAUUAUAUUAAGACCAUUUAUUAACAAUGUUUAAAUAAUUGACAUUACUUCAGGAGGGAUUUUUCGAAACUGAACAUAUCCACUUUCAGAAAUUUUUCAGCAGAUCCAAAAAACAUGUACAGCGUGCCAAGUAAACUUUUAAGAUCAAAUCGACCUACCAAUAAAUUCGUUCCCCCUCCUUUAGUUUGGUCCCUUAAUUACGUCGUUACAUCAUUGAACCUAACCUAGUUGCAUGGAUAAGUGUUUGGGCAAUGUUGAAUUUUGAAAAAGGCACAAGGGGAUGUAGAGUUUUGAUAAAAACAAAAAAACUUGGGAGAAUCGUAGAGCAAUAAAAAAAUUGAAAAUAGAAGGAAAUAAAUUUUAUUUUUGAAAAAAAGAAACUGGAAUAAUAUAAUUGAAUUCUUAGUAACACAUUUUGAGAAACGUACGGGUAAUUAGAGAUGGGUAGGGAUUGGGUCUUCAUCCAGGCAUUCACAAUCUUCCUGAUCUUCUGCUGAUGGGAGGUCCUCAUCGGGGGCAUCUUCAGUUCCUUCACACGGGCCUAGGAACCACCUUAAAUCUUGAUUUUCGCGCCAACUAGCGCCAAAAUGUUGCUCAAGAAGUUGCAGAACUUCUCUCUUCUUCUCCCUGGUGAGAGCGUUUCGUUUUGGUAGCUCUACGAGAGGCGGCAAAUCUUCUCCUUACCUUCCUUUUUUGACGGUGCUCCGAAAUUGUUCGGUUGUGGAGUCAAACCUGUAGUUCAAAAGGCCACGAACCUUCGUACACACGGUCCCUGAACGAGAAGUAAACUGCUUGAUCACGAGUCUUGUGCAAUCAUAAAUCUCCGAUGCGUUUGGGUUUCUGCUUCUGACUCGCAGAGGAAAUCUCGUUCUUCAACCUGGUGCAAGUUGCGCUGACGUGCAUUUCAGCAGGAGCGUGGGAGAUGCACAGUCGGUACAGCUUUCUCAUGGUAAAAUCAGCUGGCAAAUAUACACGCUUACUUUUCCCCCGUCAAUAAUGUGAUUCAGUGCACUUGAGACUCCCAAGGAAGUCGCGAACGGAUUGCCGUUUUUCAGCAAAUUUUACGGCCUUCCUGUCUCCUCCCCUCUUUUCCUUGGGAACUGUACCCUCACCAACGAGUUUACCCAAUCGCAUAGCUCGUGCAAUAGAAGUACUUAGAGCGAAGCAGAAAAUUUUUAUUGCAAACGGCGGUAGCAACCUUUCUGGAGAAUCGAAGCAAAAAAUAUUUGAUGGUCACUUGUUUUGGCUUACUUGGCCCUCCUUUCCCUCCUUCACGACCCGUUCUCUUUGGUGGGAAAACAGAAAUAAGACGGGUAAGAACAAGGUCUUGCUUUUCCUUUCCUAUAGCCUGAUAGAAGAACUUACGGUGGUGAGAAAUAUCUUGCAGGCUCCCCUUUUGACACGCCAGGUUCUUCGAGUCAUGCUUACAGGGCCGCGGUUUCUGUUUCAGAAAAUGAAGGUUAGGAUCAGUAUCGGCAUACUUAUCAUCCUUCUCCUUCUGCUUACGCGAUGCUGCUGCAUCUGAUGUCCUCUUCCGUCCACCAGAGUUUAAUUCCCUCACCAAGCCGUCCAUCAUCCCACAAAAAUUCACAAAUUAAUCCACACAACCACCCAAAUCCACUAAAACGCUCGAAAAUCUCGCUCAGAACAAGAAAAGCACGAAAACAAGAUCACAUGGCAACCCCCCAGGUUUCCACUUCGUAGGUUUCACUCGUUCUGUAACGCUGAACCGCUUGGCGCAUAGCAUUGCCGCGCGAUCUAUUGAGUAGAGAAGAAAUGAAUGUACUCGACUGUUUGUAACACGCGGAGCCGAAUUUGGCGCGGAAUUAUCCCGAAUUUAAAAGUUCAAAAAUUUCACGUUGAUUUAUUAAAAUAGAUCCUGUUCGGCUCCGUUGGCUCGUUACCGCAAUUAAGGGUUUAGAAACCCAAACCCUUCGAUGAAACUCUUCUCUUCUUUCUGAAGACGGAUAACUAGGCAACAAAAUGAACCGACAACUAUAGAUUUUGUGAUAUUAGAUUAACCAAAUGAAUUUAUUCAGAAUGCGAAUUGUACAAAUUUGCCAGAGAACCGCACGCGUCCGAGGGCAAGAUUGCUUCUCGUCUCUGACUUCGGCGAUGGGAGUUUCGGUACCGUCGUAGCGGUCCUUAGCUCCCCCCUC